CCUAAAAUCAAUAAAUUUCAGACAAUCGGCCGCUCGGGAAUGCAAUAAGAGAGAAAUGAGCGAUUUUAUGAGCAAUACGGCCGCACUUCAGCUUCUACACAAUGCCGUCAAGAGUUAUGAGCGAGAAGUAGCGAAUUUCUUCGCUGCAAACGAGAAAGCCACAUCAAAAUACACUGGCCGCUUCGAUUUUCGUCAAUUUGCCAAGAAAAUGUUCGAUCCAAUACCAACUGCACAACUCGGACAGUUGUACAUAGAAAUGCUCGAAGAAAGUCAUAUUUAUAUGCAUUCUCAUCAAAAAAGUCGAGUUGGAGCCAACGGAUAUCCACAUUCAUUUGUCUCAGUACCUGAAUUAUUAUUGAAUAUGAUUUUGGCCUAUCAGCUACCACAGCAGAGAUUUGUACCGGCUGAAAAGAUGGAAGAAGACGGCGGAAAAGUUGAGGAAGAUGGGGGAGCUGGUGGAGCUGGAGGAUCAAGGAAAAAGCGACGAAAUAGUGCGGCGAGAAAGGGAAAAAAUGUGACAAUCAAUCCGAGAGUGGUGCUGGGAAAUGAGCUGGCCGCCAAGUUGCUCGAGGAAAUGCUCAAAAUUCCGCUUGCGCCGGAAUCAAAACAGUGGAAAACGGCGAAAUACGUGCUGUGCCCGUCGAGUUGCCCUCAGCAAAUGGAAGUAUUCGGAGAGAUUAUCGCAAAGAACACAAAAAGCGGUUUGAUUAGUUUCAACGCACUCAACUAUUUCAUGCAUGAUCCGAUUCUAAAUCGAUAUCUCGACGAUCCGAUCACAAUUCUCCACGCACUGUACAUUGGACCCCUACAAGCUCCGACUGUCGAGCUUUUCGCCACAAAUCGAACAGACGUGUUCCGUCAGCGUUGCCGUGAAGUGUUGCGGAUCGCGUUGCACGCCUCAAAGGAUCCAAUGACAUUUACGUAUAGUGUACCUGAAUUUAUCGAUAAAAAUCAUCCGGAUCGAUGCAGUUAUCGGGAUUUUGUCGAGACUGUAACGCAGUUGAUUCGGGAUUUGAAUGGAGAACAUCAGGGAUCUACGGCUAUUCAUACUGGAUGGGCUUGUGCCGCUAUUAAGAAAUUCGGACAAAAACGAUAUGUGGACAAAACGUGGAAAGACGAGAAUUAUUAUGAUUUAAUUUGGACAGUACUCGCCCAGAGGCCACAUCUCAAGAAAUUCGUUGUCGACGUGUUGGAGAAGAAUUUUAAGGAUUUGGACGCAGCUCGAUUCUGGCGCCGAAUGCAACCGUAUCAAAUGAAUCCGACAGUAAUCUUUAAUCAAAAUGUGAUCAUCGUGGACCCCCUCCAGCCAACUGAUGAAUUUUUGAAUUUCCCGCCGACAGUACGACACAUUCAAAUGGUUACCAAUGAGAAAGAGAUACGAGAUUUACAAAUGUUGUUAGAGUAUAAGGUAUCCCGCGAGGAAAAGAUCUACGUAGGCGUUGACGCCGAAUGGAGUGCCUACGUUUCACCGAGCAAAGCCACAAUCCUCCAAAUGUCACUUCAUGAUUGUAUUUAUAUCAUUGAUCUAGAAUCGUAUCAAAUAUCUCCUCAAAGCUAUCAUCACGUACUUUCAUAUCUUUUCGAGACGCCUGAAAUCGUGAAAAUCGGCUUCCAAUUCGGCGAGGAUCUUCAUCAACUUCGUGCCGCUUUCCGUAAUUGUGUGGCACUUUACAGACCGAAUAAUGUAGUUUGUGUCGGGAAAUUGAUAAUGGAUUUAAUGGAUGAAAUUGGAAAAUUGGAGAAUUGUGAUGAUUUUCGAAAAGAAUGGCUUCCACAUCUCACUGAUAACGAGACGUCAUCGGCUGCGAAUAGUAGUGUAGAGGAACAGGCAAAUGAGACAAUUGAUACGAAUGAAUCGAUGGAUGAAGGAGAUGGUGGAGGAUCAGGAAUUGUUGUCAAAAAAGAGGAAUCUGUGAAACAGCAAUUCCUGAAUAAAGGAUUAUCGUUCAUUUGCGAGAAAUUGCUUGGAAGACCGUUGGAUAAGACAGAACAAUGCUCUGUUUGGGAUAGAAGACCUCUUAGAUGCUUGCAGUUACGCUACGCCGCAAUGGACGCCUACUGCAUGCUUUUGCUCUAUGAGAAGUGCGCGACAAUCUUCGCAAAAUUGGGAAUAAAUGUGAACGAUUUCGUGUCAAAACAGAGCCCAAUCAGGAUAUCGUUACCGUUGCUCAGCGAGGAGAAGCUCUAAUUAUUUUUUAAAAAAAAUUACUUGUUUGCCGCCGCCCCAAGCUGAAUAUUAAUUGUUUUGUGCACAUUUUUUCUUUGUUUUAAUAUUCACUUGUUUUUUUUGUGUCGUGUGUCCGGAGAUUAAAUUUUCGAUUUUUUUCCUAUUCAAAUCGAUAUCCGGCCAUACAUCAUCUGUAAUUGCGCCCCUUUUUGGGGGUUCAUUUUAUUCUAUCUACGGCAAAUAAAUAUAUUAUUAUCAUGA